GGAGAUCUUGAACAUGAAAACAAACCAGCUCACGCUGAGGAAAUUGGAACAGCCUCAAGGGGCGAAAGAGAGAGAGAUAGAAAAGAGAGAGGCACGAAAAGCCCUGACCCAUAAAGUCCCUCCUUGGUGUUUUUCAAACAACGGACCACAGACAAAAGUGAGCCAUCCGCUGGAAUCUCGGCCAGUCUGCAGCUUUAUGUCCAGCACGACCAAAAGUUUAGACAGGCCCUUUGUAGGCUGGCGCCAUCGAGACUUCGGAGGAAUUUCUGCACAGUUUUGUCCAAAGGGAGGAUAAGACAUAAACUGAGGUAACCAUGCCUGCCAAAGGAUUCCAUACAAGCCGCUUUGUCUUGUGGGCGUUGGCAUUGUCACUCAGCAAGGUUUGGUCCUGUCGACUUGGCUUUUCGACAGAGUGUGAGAAAGCCGCCUUCAUUCCCGGCUACAAUCUCGCCGGGGAGGGUUUUGAUGUGGUCCGGAUGCGUCGGACGGGGGCGUACGUGAUUAACGUCAAAGCUCAUCUGGUUGACAAUCACACGUGCACACUGUGUCCGAACCGCUUCCAUGAUGGACAGAUUCCGAAGCUCCCAGCCUCUGUGCUUGACUGGCGUCCUUUCAGCCGCUGUAGCAAUCAGCUUUCCAGUGCCCUCCACCACUCGGUGGAUUCACUUCUGCGCAGCUCGAGCUCGCUGGUAAACAACAACUGGGGCGUAGGUUUGAGCCUUGAUAACAUCGGAAAGGCAGUGCUGGGAGUUUAUUUACACAGCCCUUAAUCACAAGUGUCUCAAAGGGCUGCACAACCCACAACGAAAUCCUCGGCUCAGACGGUUGUGUUUUGUCUUUAUCUUGCCUUCUCCUUUAU